AUGUCACGUUUGAAUAUACCUGGACACUAUUUUGAUGAAGAGCGUGGCAGAUAUUUCAAAGUUGUCAACGGAGCAAUACCGUCAUCAAGUGAAGGGGAAUUGAAGUACCACAAUAAUUCUAUACAAGCGGAGAAAAGAAUCAAACAUUAUGAUAAGCGGGAGCGUGAUGGGCUACAAGGAAGCUCAUAUAAGAACAAGAAACUGCGCAACGAAGAGCUAAUCAAGAACCCAAAUAUCAAAAACCCUUUAAGAAAAGAUCAGUCGCGACUACGGAAAUUUCAAUUUGACAAUGUAAGUUUUCUAAACCUCAAAACGGGUACAAUAGAUUAUAGUAACGAUUAUUACAAAGAAGAUCAAACAGACCUUUUACGAGCAGGGUUUGCUCAUAGAAAGUCCAAGAUAAUAAUACCGCAAUGCAUUAUUGCUGCGUAUCAUAGGGGCAGUUUUAUCAUCAAUCGACUUUCACAGAGUACCGAGCUAGAUUUCUCCCAAGCGAUGAAAAUGGCAGUGUUUGACUCAUUACGUGAAACUUAUCAGCAGCCGUCGCAAGUCUGCUAUUAUAGAGGCGACGAUGGAAUAGUCAAAUUGGAUUCCCGUUCAAUGCAUGACGUUUUCAAAAUUGAAUGUUAUGGCACGAAUUCGUUGAUAAUAGUAGGAGAUUUGGACUACCAGUUGGACAUUUUACAACUAUACGAGUUUAGUCGUACUCAUCAAAUAUGCAUACCUAGGUACCAUCGGUUUGACGAAAUCAAAGGUGAGUUUGAAGAUUUAACUGUUGAUUUUAUGAAGUUCUUAAAAAAAAAUCUUAAUAAGCAUCCCCGUGGUAAAGAUUUGGAAAGAGCAUUUGGCUUUCACAAUGUGGAAUUCCCCAAUUAUUUAAAAAUAGGCGUGGAGGAGGUAAACGAGAAAUUGAAUGAUAAGCAAAACGACCCCGUUGGAGCUAACAGACACUUGCAUUCUUUUUUGGAUUAUCAUGACAGCGCUAGACCAGAGAUGGUCUAUAUCAAGGAUCCAGUGCCUUUGCUUGCUCGCGAAUAUCCGAAAAUAGUAGCUGGUAUUUCGAAAUCUAAACAUAUAUAUCUAUUAUCAUCCAAGGGGGAUUUAAUAUGCUUUAAACAUCAAGCAAAUCUGAUGCCCAACCAACAAAAAUUGACAAUGAAUUUCAGUAAUUUUAGUAAUUUCAAGCUCAUCGACACAAAUAUAUCAGUACCAGAAAACAUUACAUUGCAAGUCUUGGAGCUGGCUAAAUCCAGUGUGGUUUUCUUCAAUACCAGAGUAAACAUCUUUUCGGUAGUGGUGGAGACUGGACAAGUGUCCACAUACAGCAUGGGAUUUGUGAGAAAGUUUUUCAUCAUUAAUGAAAAUAAAUUACUUGUUGUUAGGAAGAAUGACAUAGUGUUUUUCAACACUGUUUCUAAAACCUAUGAAAAAAUAGCUGAUUACAACAAUUGCAAUAACGGGUACCAACAAUUUGAGGUAAUACAGAAUCAUUUUAUUUACAAUGUGGGACAAAAGUUUACAGUUUAUAAUCUUAAGAGGGGAUCUGGCGACAGAGAUGCUACAACUAAGAUCAAUUUUUCCUUUUUGAAGUAUGGUUUUUUCAAGGAUUUCUAUUUGAUCAAAAUCAUCGAUAUGGGAACUGAAAAUGGACGAAUGCAUCUUGGAUUUCAGCAUAUGAACAAAGAGAAAGACCAAACACUAUUUGAGGCUUAUACUUUAUAA